AUGUCAGAUCUAAAGACGGUUUCAAGGUCACAGUUGUUUGAUGAUGACUUUAAUUCCAAUCACAACAAUGAUGAGUUGACUAAUUCUUCCGAUUCAGAGCCUCAAAAUUACACUCUUCCUCCUCCAGGUUUUGAUUUCGAAAUUGUUGAUGUUGAAGAUGCUGAACAUAGCAGUAAUAACGAUACCACAGAGGUUGAAAGCGGUGAAUAUGCAAAGGAGGAGAAAGUGGAAUAUUUCCCGCUGUUUUCUACGUCUAAUGAUACAAAGGAAGAUGCCAGAGAAGCAAAACCAUCUUUAGUGAAGGUGAAAAUAGACGAUGUAUCGGUUGAAGAGGAGAGAGAUGAAUUUAAAAGUACAAAGGACCAGGAAAAAGAAUGGGAUGAUCUAGUACAUCAGCUGAAUGCUAAUGCACGACCUUUGUCAUAUUAUUUCCCAACUUUAGGUGAAGACGAACAUAGAAAAAUGGAAUCUAUGGCGGUAGAUGGUGAAACCAUUUUGAAAUGGAGUAAAGAAUUUGUUGUGGAAUCUAAGUACAAGUUGAUAGAUUUAAAGGAAUAUAAUGCAAAGAUUGAUUUAUACUAUAAAAUCGAUGCUUCCAGAAAAAAGUCACGUAAAAGACCUGGUAAAAAGAAAAGGGAUGCAAGGAUAUUCAGGAAAGAAAGAUUGGAAAAAUGGAAAAAAGACUUAAAACUUGCCCAAGAGAGAGCCAGGCAAAGAAAGUAUAGAGAGCUAUCUAAUUUCACAAAAGAAAAACCAAAAAAAUCAUUCUUUGGGGAAAACACCAAACGUAUUAGAACUGUAUCCAGGAGUUCCAAUAAGGCCACCUCCAAGCUACCCGGAAAACCUGUUUUUAGAACUGAGUGA